AUGUCAAACCCGUCAAAAGGUCGCUCUGGAGGCGUUCUGCCAGUCAAUGCCGCAGCGAGGAAGAACGCAAACACGUCUUCAACUACUAAAUCUUCUGGAAGAACAACGGCGCUCAAGCUCAGGCUUAUCAUACGCCGAUUACCUCCAGGCCUGACACAAGGUGAAUUUUGGACUGCUUUAGGUGAGGCUUGGAAGGUAGGUGGAGGCAAGGUCGAAUGGGCUGCUUUUCAAGAUGGCAAGAUCUCUAGAGAUCCUGCAAAGCCAUCAAGGCCAGCCCGAGCGUAUUUGAAGGUCAAAGAACAGUCGCUAUUGGAUGAACUUUCUGUAGCCAUCAAACAAACGUCGUUCCAGGAUGCCAAAAAUACUGGCAAGGACACUUGCCUUCUUGGACCGCCCUCUCUGGAAUUCGCUCCCUACAACAAAAUUCCCACUGGACGUGCAAGGCACGAUGGUAGACAGGGGACUAUUGAUCAAGACCAGGAGUUCAUCGACUUUCUUCAGAGUCUAACAGAGCCGAUUACGAAACCCAGCAUAAACGGUACUGAAUCAAACGAUGCAAAAGGCGAGAAGGUUUCCACUACACCUCUUGUGCAGUAUAUCAAAGAGAAGAAGGCAAACAAAGCGAAAGAAGCCUCUCAAGCCAAAGCUGCAAAGGCUCGGGAAAGUAAAGAAGCCAAAACUCCAAAACCUGAAACUAAAUCGACAGUCGUUAUCAAGGGCAAGAAUGCCCCCGCAGCUGAGAAGGAACGUGUCGUAAAGGCCACCCAGGAUACGGCGAAGACCAUUAUCAAGUCUGUAGCCACUACACCAGGUGCGAAGCAAGCCGUUUCCAAGGCCGAGGUCAAACAAGAAGUCAAAGAAAAGCAACUGUCAGCUCCACCGCCACCCGUACCAAAGAAAGAACGUGAGCGAGGGAAUGCCAGUGCUGCUGCAAGGAUGCUUCAACGUGAUCUAGGUCUCUUACCAAAGGAAAGUAAAACGCAGCGAGCGGCGAAACUAGCGGCAUCUUCAACGCCUACAGAAGCCCCAUCUUCAGCUAAAGCCACUACCGGAGUACCGAAAGCUGAAACUACCAAGAAAGAGAAGGAGAAGGAGAAGGAGAAGGAGAAGACGAAAGAGAAGAAUAAGGAGAAGACGAAGGAAAAGGAUAAUGAGAAGGCGAAGGCGAAAGACGACUCACCACUUACGCCUACCACAUCGAAUCCCCCAACUGGACCCCGAGCUUCUCGAACUCCAAGCGUUGCAUCGACAACGACCAAACCUGCUGCAGGACCCACCCAGCGCAAUGCAAAGGCUCCGCAGCCAUCAGCAGGUGCUAAAUCCGCAUUCCUGAAACAUGCCAAUCCUUCCCAAGGUAUCACUGAAGAGUCGCUGCAGACGGUUUUCAAGCAGUUUGGCACCAUCACACGCUGCGAGAUUGACAAGAAGAAGGGCUUGGGCUAUGUCGACUUCAGCGAGCCAGAAGGACUGAAGAAGGCGAUGCAAGCUAGCCCUGUCAUAGUGGGCAAUGGUCAGGUAAUGGUGCUUGAGAACAAAAAUGCGCAAGGUGGUGGGAAACGUGCUGGUGGACAGCAAAAAGAGAGUUCAACCAAGACUGCUCCUGCUGCCAGUCCUUCAGCCACCACUACUGCGUCGAUUCCAUCAGCUCUACAGGUACCACCUGGACAAGCUUCAUCCACAACAGCGAAGGUCAAGUCCCCAGCUAUCAAGUCUCCAGCUCCAACACCAGCCACACCACCUACAGCGACCGCGGCAGUGGACUUGUCUCCAGCCACGACAACCGCAACAAUAACAUCAGAUACACCGCCAAGUGCCCCACGAGGUUCAGGCCGCCAUGCAGGACGCGGUGGACGAGGCGGUGGCGGCGGCGGAGGGGGUGGCGGUGGUGGAAGAGGAAACAGCAGAGGGUCUGGGCAGAGCUCGAAAGGCCGCAAUGGAGGACGAGGGAAUGGCCGACGCGGUGGUGCUGGUGGCGGUGCAGAUGCUUCGUCAAAGACAGAAGGGGGUGCCGUCUCUGCCCCUGCCCCUGCUCCACCGGCCAACAGUGGUGGUCCUGCUACUGCUGGCACGACAAGUAGUGAGUAA